CUGAUCGAAGCUGUUAAGGACCGACUGGCAGUAGCCUCUAGCGACCCACAGGCCGGAAUCCCUCUGGGCGCAGAAUCUAAGCCUCAGUCUGCUGUUUCACCAGAGCCCCUGAUGGUGGGGAUGGACUUGAAGCAGCCUGAGACCAGGUCGCGAACCCCAAGUUCAACCAGCUGUGGUAGAGGUGGAUUUGCCAGUGGUAGGUAACAAGUGAGAGCCAGAUGUGAAGAGGUAGGACAGAUCCAUGCGGGAUGGAUGGAUGAAUCGUCAGGGUAACGUAAGGCGUAGUCAGGCGGGCCCAGGUCAGCAACGUGCAGGCAGCGAGCUACCGGAGGAGCAGGCAGAGAAUGGUCAGGGUCACAAGCCGGGUUCAGCAACUAACGGGCAG